UUCGCUUAUACGGAUUUUAUAUAUUUACUAUUCACUGGGGAGGUUUCGAUUCAACAGAUACUUUAAGAAGUGCUUACCUCAAAAAUAUAAAAAUAUAUAAAACAAAAGAACAAAAAUGGAAGUUCAAAAAAAUAAGAAAUAUUCUAGGUCGUUUCCCGAUUCGGACGGCGAUGAUAUAGUGAUAUCCGGAAUGUCCGGAAAAUUUCCAAACUGCCGAAACAUAACAGAAUACCAGUAUAAGCUUUAUAAUAAGAUAGACAUGGUUGAUGAUGAUGAACGCCGUUGGCGUCACUUUAAUCCGGAAAUACCAAAAAGAUCUGGAAAAAUAGGUGAACUUGAAAAAUUUGACGCAACUUUUUUUGGAGUCCAUUUUAAGCAAGCACACACAAUGGAUCCUCAAACACGAAUCCUUAUUGAGACGGCAUAUGAAGCUGUCAUUGAUUCAGGAAUAAAUCCAAAAAGUCUACGAGGUUCAAAAACUGGAGUGUACAUAGGAUCUUGCAUAUCAGAAUCGGAAAAAACGUGGUUCUAUGAAAAGGUUUCAUCUGGCGGAUUUGGAAUCACUGGCUGUAGUCGUGCUAUGAUGGCUAACAGAAUUUCCUAUUGCUUGGGACUUGAGGGUCCUUCUUUUUUACUAGAUACAGCGUGUUCUAGUUCGAUGUAUGCAUUAGAUAACGCGUUUAGUGCUAUUAGAAAUGGAGAAAUUGACGCGGCAAUUAUUGGUGGAUCAAAUUUACUACUUCAUCCAUUUGUAACACUUCAAUUUGCACGACUUGGCGUUUUAGCGCCAGAUGGCUUUUGCCGACCAUUUGAUAAAAGUGCUAGUGGUUACACCAGAUCGGAGACCAUUAACUGCUUAUUCUUACAAAGAAAAAAUGCUAAGCGUGUUUAUGCAAGUGUAGUUUAUUCAAAAACUAACUGUGACGGAUAUAAGCCAGAAGGUAUAACAUAUCCGUCUGGUAUUGUACAAGAAAAGCUUCUUGACCAGUUCUACAAGGACAUCGACAAUAAGCCAAAUGACUUGGGCUACUUGGAGGCACACAGUACUGGAACUGUAGUCGGUGAUCCAGAGGAAUGCAAGGCAAUCGAUAAUGUUCUAUGCAGUCAAAGAGAAGAGCCUUUAUUAGUUGGUUCCGUUAAGUCAAAUGUUGGUCAUUCCGAAGCCGCUUCUGGAAUUUGUUCAUUAGUAAAAGCUUGCUUCGCCUUUGAAUCUGGAUUGAUUGCACCAAACAUCAAUUUUACGGAAGUUAAACCGGAAAUUAUUCCAUUAUCAGAGGGAAGAUUAAUUGUUGUUAAGGAUGUUACGCCUCUACCAAAGCCCUUUAUUGGAAUUAACUCAUUUGGAUUUGGUGGUGCUAAUGCACAUGCACUUUUAAAGGGUUAUCCCAAAUCGAAAAAUAAUUUUGGAUUGCCACAAGAUGAAAUACCUCGACUCCUAACAUGGGCAGGAAGGACGGAAGAGGCAGUAGAAGCGAUUUUUAAUGCUGUAGAAAAAAGGCCUUUGGAUGCAGAGUUUAUUGGAUUGCUUCAAAAUAUUCAAGAAGAAGAUGUUUCUGGUAUGGUUUUUCGCGGCUAUGCUGUGUUUGCCAAACAAGGAGUCCAACCGUGUCAAUCAUUAAAAAGAGAAGUUCAGCAUUACACUGGCCUUCAGCGCCCAAUCGUCUGGGUUUACAGUGGGAUGGGCUCACAAUGGUCUGAAAUGGGAAAAUCACUUAUGAUUAUUCCUCGUUUUCGAGAGUCAAUUGAAAUAUGUCACCAGACGUUACUGUCGAAAGGCCUCAAUCUUAAACAUAUAUUGUCCUCAAAUGACCCGGAAAUUUUCCAAAAUAUUUUGCAUUCGUUUGUGGGAAUAGCUGCGGUGCAAAUCGGUCUAACAGAUGUCUUACGCUCUCUAAAUUUUGAGCCAGACUAUAUCAUCGGCCAUUCCGUUGGUGAAUUGGGCUGUGCAUACGCUGACGGUGGACUGACGCCUCAACAAAUGAUAUUGGCUGCUUAUUAUCGCGGAAGGGUAAGUGUGGAUCUAGAAAAAAUCAAGGGUUCAAUGGCAGCUAUUGGGAUCGGCUAUAACACUAUUAUACACAUGCUGCCAAAGUCAAUUGAAGUGGCUUGCCAUAAUGGUCCGGACUCUUGCACAAUAUCUGGUCCAAUCGAUGAUGUCACCCAGUUCGUAGAUGAACUAAAAGCCAAAGGUAUUUUCGCAAAAGAGGUUCCAUGUUCAAACAUUGCGUAUCAUUCAAAAUAUAUCGCGCAUAUGGGGCCACCACUUCUGAAGUAUAUGCAAGAAAUUAUUCCAAGUCCCAAGUCUAGGACUAUAAAGUGGUUGAGUACUAGUGUUUCUAAGACAGAUUGGGAUAAAAACCAUGCAAAAUAUUGCUCUGCCGAGUAUCAUACCAAUAACUUAUUGAACAGCGUUCUUUUCGAAGAAACGUUUUCAUUGCUUCCUAAAAACGCCUUGACUGUUGAGAUAGCGCCUCAUGGGCUUUUGGGAGCCAUUCUCAAACGAUCGAUGCCGAGUGGAAUACAUAUACCACUUACAAAUAGAGGGAACAAAAAUAACGCCUUGUUUUUUUUGUCGGCCCUUGGAAAAAUUUAUCAAAAUGGCGUAUUACUACAAGUUGCUAACUUAUAUGAAAAAAUAGAAUUUCCUGUAUCGCGCUCCACACCCAGUAUUAGUUCGCUUAUUCAGUGGGAUCACAGUGAAGACUGGUUUGUGACGAAAUAUGAAAAUAUGAAAACAAAGUCGAGUGGAGAACGUGUUUUUCAAGUUAAUUUGUCGAGUGAUAACGAAGAGUUUUUGAGUGGGCAUAUUAUAGAUGGAAAAAUUCUUGUACCAGCUACUUGUUAUCUUCAAUAUGUUUGGGAAACGUUUUCUCUUAUGUAUCACGGUCCGAGUUAUAUGGAUGUACCUGUUGAAUUCGAAGAUAUAAGAUUCUUAAGAGCUACAAGUUUGCCAGCUAAUGGAAAUGUCGAACUUACCGUAAUGAUUCACUAUGGCACCGGCCAAUUUGAGAUAACGGAAACGGGUACCUUAGUUGUUACUGGAAUUAUACGUGAGACCGAAAAACCCACUGUUCCGGAAGUUUUUCAUUUCGAAAAUGAGUCUAACUUUCCAUUGAUUUCAAAGAGAGACUUUUAUAAAGAGUUAAAACUACGUGGUUAUCAUUAUAACGGAGCAUUUAGAGCCGUUCAAAUGGCUCGUUCAGAUGGCUUGUAUGGAAAAAUUGAGUGGAAUUAUAAUUGGGUUACUUUUAUGGAUUCGAUGCUUCAAAUUCAGAUACUGGGAACUGAUUCAAGAACUCUUUUAUUGCCAACCAAAAUCCGGAAGCUAAAAAUAAAUGGAGUGCAUCAUUUCAAUUUGAUGACCCAGAUGAAUCCAGAGAACCGCGUUUUUGAAGUUUAUGUCGAUCACAUGUAUGAUCGGAUCGUAGCAGGAGGAAUAGAACUUGUUGGAUUACAUGCCAGUCCUGUGCAAAGACGUAGACCUCCUGGUAUUCCAGUUCUGGAAAAAUAUGUCUUUCUUCCACAUUUCCCGUCACCAAUUCUUUCUUUGAAAAAUGCUGCUCGUGUUUGCGUACAAAUCGCUCUAGAAAAUAAUCCUACCUUAAAAAUGAAGUUGGUAGAGGUUGAUACGAAUGGUAAGAAACCAAUAGCAACAGAAUUUUUAGACUCAAUUGAAGAUUUACCAGUCAUUACUGGAGACUAUACUUUGUUAACUUCCCAAAGUCUAGACGACAUUCCAGGUGUUCAUAUUGAAAAUGGAAAUUUGUCUUUCCAAACACGUUGCCAUUUUGUCAUAUUGGGGGAACUUGAGACGGAUGAAAUACCUGAAAAAAUUGAAACUACACAUAAUGUGCUAACCGACAAUGGAUUUGUCCUGCUUAGGCAAAAGUGUAGAACCAAUAUAGCAGCAUGGGAAAAAUCGGAGAGAUUUAGAAAAAUAUCAAUAAUCCCGAUCGAUAACCACGAAGAAACAUUUUUCUUAUUGCAAAAAGUUUCUACGAAUCUUGCAAUUAAACCAGUAAUAGUGGAAGUAUCUGAAAAUGUUGAGAAUUUUGAUUGGAUUGAAGUAUUACAAUCUGCGAUAAAAAGCAAGUCACCAGUUAUUGUGUAUUCAUUUAAUGAAGCCUUUAAUGGGCUUAUUGGAUUAGUGAACUGUUUGCGAAAAGAGCCUGAUGGUAAUUUGAUAAGAUGUUUCUUUGUUGAUGACGAACGUGCUCCUGGUUUCGAUUUGUCCCACCCAUUUUAUUCGGCUCAAUAUUCACUGGGCUUGGCAUUUAACAUAUACCGCAAUGGUUCUUGGGGUAGCUAUAGACAUUUGCUAUUGCUCAAGAAUGAAAAGCCUUUGGCUAGAUCGGAUCACAUCUAUGGCAACGUUAUUCAGCGUGGGGACCUAUCGACUUUACGAUGGUUAAAAGGACCCCUUAACCCACAAAAUUGCACGAUUAAAAUAGCUUAUUCUUCUCUUAAUUUUCGAGAUGUAAUGCUAGCAACUGGCCGCUUAGCCAUUGAACUAUAUGGAACAAGUCGAAUUGAUCAAAACUGUGUUCUCGGCUUUGAGUAUUCUGGCAUUAAUACGGUAACUGGACGACGUAUAAUGAGUAUGGUAGUUAAAGGAGGAGUAGCUUCUUAUGUGGAGAAGCCAUCAAAGCUAAUUUGGGAUAUUCCGGAUCACUGGACAUUGGAAGAGGCAGCCACGGUGCCAGUUGUAUAUAUAACUGUUUACUAUGCGUUUUUUAUGGCAACAGACAUACGAAAAGGAAAAAGUAUUUUAAUACAUGCUGGUACCGGUGGCAUUGGGCUAGCGGCAAUUCGAGUGGCUUUGGCGUACAACUUGGAUGUUUUUACAACCUGCAGUACUACCCAAAAGAAACAAUUUUUGUUGAACACUUUUCCGCAACUAAAAGAAUCCCAUAUUGGAAACUCUCGCGAUACAUCAUUUGAGUUUAUGGUACAACGUGAAACAAAUGGAAAAGGUGUCGAUUUUGUACUGAACUCCUUAUCCGAAGAAAAGUUAGUUUCCUCAGUACGGUGUCUUGGUAAGUCAGGACACUUUUUGGAAAUUGGAAAGUUUGAUAUGGCUAACGACAACAAAAUUGGAUUGGGCUGCUUUUUGAAAGAAAUAACUUUUCACGCUGUUCUUGCUGAUAGCCUUCUUGUGGCUCCUGAUGAAGAUAUUUGGCAUUUAAAAGCCCUUAUUGAUUCAGACAUAUCCAAGGGAAUUAUUCAACCAUUACCUGUAAAAGUGUUUCCAGCUCAUGAAAUUGAACAUGCUUUUAGACAUUUGAUUGGGGGAAAGCACAUUGGAAAAGUGGUUAUUCAAGUUCGUGAGAAACCGGAAGAUUUAGCCACUUUACCUGUGGCGGUGCUCAGUCAAAUUUACUUUAAGCAUAAUCUUACAUAUGUAAUCCCCGGUGGUCUUGGCGGCUUUGGAAUGGAAUUAGCUGAUUGGAUGGCACUUCGUGGAGCUCGAAAACUGGUCCUAAGCUCUAGUCGUGGAAUAACUAAAGACUAUCAAUUGUUUCGUAUUGCUCUAUGGAAAACUUAUGGCUGUGAAGUCGCCAUCAGCACCGCUGACAUUUCGUCAAAAGAAGGAUGUCACCAACUGCUUUCUGAAGCUGAUGUAUUGGGACCAGUCGGUGGAAUUUUCAAUCUAGCUGUUAAACUGAGAGACAGCCUUUUCCAAAGCCAAAACUCAAUUCAAUUUUUAGAAAGUUUCUUGCCAAAAGCUAUUGCGACAAAACACCUUGACGAACUUUCUCGAAUUUACUGUCCCAAAUUGGAGCACUUCGUAGUUUUCUCUAGCGUUUCUUGCGGACGAGGAAAUGCUGGUCAAACUAAUUAUGGAAUGGCUAAUUCUGUAAUGGAACGUAUUAUUGAGUAUCGAAGCAGAGACGGCUUGCCAGGUAAAGCUAUUCAAUGGGGCGCAGUCGGAGAAGUGGGUUUGGUGGCAGAUAUGGCUGAGGAUAAAAUUGAUAUAGAAAUAGGCGGUACUCUGCAGCAAAGAAUUUCUUCGUGUAUUCAGGAACUGGAUCAUUUACUUAAUGCUGAAGAACCUGUUGUUUCCAGCAUGGUCGUCGCUGAGAAACGAGCUGGGCGUUCAGGUAACGAAAGUAUAAUUGACGUCGUGAUGAAUAUUAUGGGAAUACGGGAUUUAAAAUCAGUGUCGUUGGGUACAACACUCUCAGAAAUGGGUAUGGACUCAUUGAUGGCAGUUGAAAUUAAGCAAACUUUAGAGCGAGACUUUGAGUUAAUUUUAUCACCACAAGAUUUGCGGUUGCUGACGUUCCAAAAGCUUCAAGAGCUUACUGAAGCCAAAGAAAAAGAAAACGCUGAUGGAAUUAAAAUUAUUUUUGCUUCAGAGAACAAGCUCUUAGGGAUGGAGUUACUGAUAAGAAACUUGGGGGACGAAACAAACUGCAAAAGUAUAAUUAUUCCGCUCAAGACUUCUGCAGCGCUUUCAAAACAGAGUAUUCCGCCGAACAUUAUUAUACCUGGACUAGAAGGUACAGCUGGACGUGCGUGGUACCAAAUAGGGUCUAGAUUGCAAAGCAGGGCUAUAGUCUUACAACUCCAUCAAUUUGCGCAUAUGGAAAACUUAAAGGAUAUAUCACAAAACAGUUUUGAGCAAGUUAAACCAAUUUUAAAGCAAACAGAACCAUUUUAUAUAAUUGGAUACUCGUAUGGAACUUUUGUAGCUUUACAGCUUGCUGAGAUGCUUGAAAAUUCGGGCUUCCGUGGACAUGUUAUGUUGUUAGAUGGAGCACCUCACUUCCUCAAAAAACUUACUAAUCUGCACUUGGGGGAAAAUUUUUCUGAUAAUGACCUUUAUGACCUGCUUUUUUCUAGUAUAAUCAAUCAGAUAUUCCCUGAGGAAACUAAAGAAAGCAUAUCUGAAGUUUUUAAGAAGAUUAAUAGCCUUGAAGAAAAAAUGUCUUUAUUCAUGGGAUAUGUUGAAAAGCAGAAUGUAUACAGCAAAGAGUACUCAGCGACUAUGGUAGAGGCCAUGUUUAAAAGAGUUAAAAUGGCUGCUUCCUUUGAUUUAAAUUGUAUAGGAAAAAUAAAAUCACCAAUUACUUUAGUCCGCCCGACUGAGGUUUCACUUCAAGACAUUGAUGAAGACUAUUGUACACCGCAACUGACAUAUGGCAAAGUUACGCUUAAAAUAAUAGAAGGGAAUCAUACGACAAUGUUGGACAACCCCUUAUUAAGUCAGAUUAUAAAUGAUUUUGAUCCAGCUUUGUUAGAGGACAAAAGUUUUGAAGAAUAUAUAAGAAAUGAUAAACCAGUUUCCGUAGUUUAAAAAUUACAACAUUCAAAACAUCACAUAUAUAACAAACACAUUUUAAUUUUAAGUUAUACUGCUUAUAUUAUAUUAUACUUUAUUAAAAUAAAAAUAAAUAUUUUUU